CUCCAAGGACGUGCGCCGGCUGCAGGCCAUCUCCGGCGAGGGCAUCUCCGGCGAGCUCAUCCACGGGUCUCCGACUAUGCUGCUCCGAUCUGGAAGAGGGGGUGGAGCUGCUGCUGCUGCAGGUGGACGAGACACGAGCUCUCAUGGCUGCUCCCUCCUCCUACCCCCUGACGUGGUUGCUCUGAUGAGGACAAGCUGCUUCUGCAGGUGGACGGGCCCUCAUGGUCGCCGCACUCUCUCAUCGGGAGUAGGCAGGAGAAGUGUCGGCCGCCGAAGCAGACGAGCCGAGCCAUUAGUGGCUGCAUCUUUGACGUCCUUUCCUAGCGUGCUCGCCAGCGUACGCUGUCCACCGGCAGUAGCAAGGAGCAAGGAUCAUCACAUUAUGGUGCCAUUGUUAAAGCCUGUUGCUUCCUUGGACCUGCAUUGUUGCAGGCAAUAUUUUGUCAAUGAAGAUGACACCGUACCACAAAAGGUUGUUGUUCGAAAGAAUAGCCGCCGGGGGGUUCACUUCGGUCGUGCUGGACCCCGUCAGAGGGUCAAUUUUGAGUCAGAUGAAGUGAAAGCAUGCAUUAUAAGUUGUGGAGGCCUUUGCCUUGGGCUCAACACUGUUAUCAGGGAGCUGGUGUAUGGCUUGGCGCACAUGUACAAUGUCAACAACAUCUAUGGAAUACUGUAUCAACCAGCAUCUGUUCCUUCUUGAGCUCUCAACCCUGGGGUACACCUCCCGGUCAAGGUGCACCUCUUGUCUCACCGAUGAUGCAGCCUGGGCAUCACUCGCUCUCAGCUAGCUAGACUACCUAUAAGAAUCGUCAGCGCCUUUACCUAUCAGAGCAGGUACUAAUCUUGGUGUGAGCUCAAGGCAAUAGGCAAUUCUGAAGGUAGGCAAUCGUCAUUAGCCAGGUAAUGCCAGGGCUGGCUGCCAUGUGUACCAUGGUGAGAAGUAGCACCAGUAGUGCCAUAUUGGCUCCCUCUACCGAGCAGCGUGGAGGAGGGUUGGGAGUGAUCGCACUUCAACUUCUGUACGCUGCAUUUUCUUUUGGAUGUGUCAUGUCAUCAUUUCUACUGGUCUAUGUUAUGCCAAAGACUUAAGUUCUCUAUGCAGAGUUGCAAAUUGUCUGUAAGCUACUACGUGUUGUCGUAUCUUCUAUGCGUAAGAUAUUUGGUGCUAAACCUGUCGUGAAACAUGCUUUCAAUGUUCAUGCAUUGUUAAGAGGCUUCU